GUGGCGGUUUAACCGUCUGGCUUAGGUCCUUUGUUUAAAAUGUGAUUUGUCUUUCUUUUAACCCACCCAAACAUCAUUAAAUUUAGUUAUGGAAGAGAAGGUGAUAUCGUCAGCAUCUAGCACUUACCAAAACGUCAUCCCUCAACAAAAAAACGUUCCAUUGAAUCAUUCGUUAGAUUACAGUUCUCCCAAAAGAGGACAGUUUGUAUGGAAAAAUGGAAGUAAGAACGGUUUAAAAAGCAAAGAUCCUUACGGAUCGAAUCUUUAUCCUUCUCCUUUGGAUAGGAUUAGAACCAAACGUCAGAUGGGAGUGAUCAAUGAAACAGAAUCCAAAGAAAGUUUUAAACUUGUGCAUUCUUCUUGCAAGACUCCAGAUCCUGAUGAUAUAAGUCCUUUAGAAAAGUUUAAAGGAGAUAGUCUAUAUUCUUUUUGUUAUUCAUAUUCGCAGAAGAAAGGAAGCUAUUCACAUUCCAAUGAUCACAUUCGUUCUCUUAGUAGUAGUUGGGUGUUUUAUAAUUACGUCGGAACUCAACCAAAUAUAUCCUUUGCCGCAUGUAUCCAGAAUCCAAAUAAGGCAGUCUUAACUAUUAACAACAGAACAACCGAAAUUCUUGUAGCCAACAAAACUGCUUGUCAAUUGUUAGGUCUGAGUGAAUUUAAAUUAAUCGGAAAACGUUUAUGCAAUUAUUUAACAUUUGGAAAUGGAUACUAUUUAGCUAAGGAGACUCAAUUAGAAUCAACUGGAGAAGUUGUCAUUAUCUCAGGAAAAGUGAUGGAACUGAUUAAUUCUUAUAAAGAAACNUCGAUGAAACCAUAG